GGAAAGCGCUAAAAGCCGGUGCCACUUCAUCUCCUUUACUCCUCCUUUGCCAUCCCUCCACCUACCUAUUCCCCACCCUAUCCCCUCUCUUAUUUAUCCCCUCUCUUAUUCCCGGGAUUUAAAUCCCUUUCUUAAAGAGGAGGGAAGAGGAGAAUAUCCAAGGGGAGAGCGAGGAAUGAGAGGAUAAAAGGGAGCAAAAGUUAUAGAAAGGAGGAGGAGUAAUUAUAUAUUUGUUAAGCGGCUUAAUUUUUUCCGCCCCUCCUUUCCUUUUGCAGACGUCUGUUGCUUGUUAGUCGUCACCGACCGACUCCUCCUCCCUCAGGGGCUCUCGCUUCUCUUCCUCCGGCGGCACCACAGCUUCUCUCCUCGUGGCGUCUUGGUAAAAGAGGGAAGAAAGAGGAGAAGAGAGAGGAGAGAGAUGGAGGAGGGGAAGAAGUCGGCGGUGUCAGACGCGGGGGCGUGGGCCAUGAACGUCGUCAGCUCCGUGGGCAUCAUCAUGGCUAACAAGCAGCUCAUGUCCCCCGCCGGCUACGCCUUCUCCUUCGCCACCACACUGACUGGGUUCCACUUUGGGGUAACUGCAUUCGUGGGCUUCGUGUCGAAUGCGACUGGAUUUUCUUCUUCAAAGCAUGUUCCUCUGUGGGAGCUUCUCUGGUUUUCCAUUGUUGCCAACACAUCCAUCACUGGGAUGAACUUAAGUCUCAUGCUCAACUCUGUCGGCUUUUAUCAGAUCUCAAAGUUGAGCAUGAUUCCGGUUGUCUGCGUGAUGGAGUGGAUCCUUCAUAGCAAACACUAUUCUAAAGAAGUGAAGAUGGCAGUGGUGGUGGUGGUUGUUGGUGUUGGUGUCUGCACAGUGACAGACGUAAAAGUUAAUGCCAAGGGGUUUUUGUGUGCUUGCAUAGCAGUGUUGUCAACAUCCUUGCAACAAAUUUCAAUUGGUUCCUUGCAGAAGAAGUAUUCAAUCGGUUCUUUUGAACUGCUGAGUAAGACUGCCCCAAUACAAGCCCUUUCUCUUCUGUUUCUUGGACCUUUCAUAGAUUACUACCUGAACGGCAAAUCUUUAAUAAAGUACAACUUUUCUUCUGGUGCAAUUUUCUUCAUACUUCUUUCAUGUGUUCUUGCUGUAUUCUGCAACAUGAGCCAGUAUCUUUGCAUCGGUCGUUUCUCAGCAACCUCAUUCCAGGUUCUGGGCCAUAUGAAAACCGUCUGCGUCCUUAUGCUUGGUUGGCUACUGUUCGAUUCACAGCUGACACUGAAAAACAUAAUGGGAAUGGUGAUAGCCAUUGUAGGGAUGGUUGUCUACAGCUGGGCUGUGGAGUUGGAGAAGCAAGCGAGCACUAAAAUUGCUCUUACCAAAACUAGCCUAACUGAAGAUGAAAUCCGCCUUCUGAAAGAUGAAGUGGAAAAUGCACCUGUAAAAGAUGUAGAGCUUGGGGAAACAAAGGCCUAACUGCAGCUUGUGGUUUAAUGAAGCAUACAAUAUUGGGCUGUCUGGUUGAGCCUUGAAUCUGCCAUGUUAAAAUGAUAGCUGCAACAGAUGCAGGUGACUCGACCCAUGAAAAGUCAGCCCCAUUUCUUCUUCUAUUGUUCAAAUUCUCUAUAAUGGGGUAGUUACCAACAUCAGGAGGUAGAAGAUGUAAAGGCUAUCUUUUCAUUACUAUAGUAUCCUAGGCUGCGUAAUACACCAUUUCAUUUGUUUUGCUCAUGCAUGGUUUCCAAGGGAGGAUAGAGUUUCCUACGUUGUCUGCAUGCAUUGACAUUUAGCAAAGCCUUUUGAUUAAAUUAAAUUUGUUUGAUUUGAUGUUGAAAUAAAUGAUGUUUUGUUACAAUC